AUGUCGAAGACAAGCGAUUCCGGGAAAUCUUACCAUCGGCAAUGCAGCGGUGAAGCCUUGGAAACGGCGAAUGCUCAUAGGAGUUCGAAGGAUAUCACACUCUUCGGUAGCUGCUUCUGCCCUUUCGUCGAGCGUGUCUGGACGGCGCUGGAGUAUCUCGGGAUAGAUUACAAGUAUUACGAGGUCGAUCCGUACAAGAAACCUGCGGAUCUCCUUGAAGUCUCUCCCAAAGGACUCGUCCCGGCGUUGAGGCUCGAGACGUAUGAGCCUGCGCGAGCGGUGAAUGAGAGCACCGUAAUCCUCGACUUUCUAGAGGACUUAGCAGCAAACGCGACCAAGCGAAGCCUGCUUCCUCCCAUAUCUGAUCCAUAUGCCCGUGCCCUCGUUCGUCUACAAGCGGAUCACGUCAACCGCACUCUUGUCCCAUCCUUCUAUCGGUACCUUCAGGCACAAACCGAAGAGAAGCAAAUCGCAGCGGGAAGAGAGUUCGUGCAAGCAAUCGAAGGUCUCAUCAAGCUCUAUCAAAGAGCUGAGAAGGAGACCAGCACAACUUGCGGACUUUGGCGCGAACAAGGCGAGUUGAGCCUGGCUGAUGUCAUGGUUGCACCCUGGCUUUUCCGUGCCACCAACGUCCUUCCCUACUAUCGUGGCUUUGCACUUCCCGAAGGGCCCCAAUUCAGAGCUUAUAUCGAGCGAAUCAUCAACUACCCUGCUUUCAAGCGCACCUGCAGCACUAAGGAGUUGUACAUUGACAGUUACGAACGCUAUGCGUACAAUCGCCCGAACACAAGCCAGGUGGCGAAUGCGAUCAACUCUGGUUCCGCAUUGCCUUGA